AUGAUUGUCCAGCUUCUGCUCUCGGGACUUCUUUGGGCUGUGUUCUUCUCUACAGGCUGGGUUGUAGCCCAGCCGGGGGAGAGAGUGAUCUGCACAAACGUGUAUGCGGCUGAUGUUGUGUUUCUGGUGGAUGGCUCCUCCAGCAUUGGACGCAAUAAUUUCCGCAUGGUGCGUGACUUCCUGGAGGGGCUGGUGCUGCCUUUCGUCAACGUCGUGCGAGACACCGGGGUGCGCUUUGGCGCUGUGCAGUACAGCGAUGAUCCCAGAACGGAAUUUGCCCUGGGCACCCAUGCCAGUGGACAAGAGGUGAUGAGAGCCGUGCGUGAGCUCAACUACAAGAGAGGGAACACCCGCACGGGGGCCGGCUUGCGGCACGUUGCCGAACACUUCUUCCAUCCCCAACUGGCCCGGCCUGGAGUUCCCAAGGUGUGCAUACUGAUAACUGAUGGGAGAUCUCAGGAUGACGUGGAGCAGGGAGCAUUGAAACUGAAGAAUCAGAAUGUCAAGGUGUUUGCUGGGGACAAAGGAGAAGCUGGAGCCCCUGGGAGAGAUGGUCGAGAAGGCCCCAAGGGUGACCGAGGGGACAGUGGAGCCCAAGGACCCCAGGGGCCACCUGGACUGCCCGGCCUCCCUGGGCAGGUUGGACCCCCUGGCCAGGGGGUUCCAGGAGUUUCUGGAAACCCAGGACCCAAGGGUGAUCGAGGCGAGUCUGGAGCCAAAGGGGAUCAGGGGCAUCCCGGAGAGCGAGGCUUGCGAGGAGAGCCGGGGACCAUGCCAAACGUGGAACGCUCCCUGGAAUCCAUUGGCAUCAAGAUCUCAGCUCUGAGAGAGAUGGUGGAAAGCUUUGAGGAGAGUUCGGGAGGCUUCCCUUCCACUCCAGACCGACGCCGGGGCCUGAAGGGUGACAAGGGCGAGCCAGGUGAACGGGGAGCCGUCGGCAAGGAGGGCACGAUGGGCUUUCCUGGAGAGAGGGGUUUGAAGGGGGACAAAGGAGACACUGGCCCUGCGGGGCCUCAGGGCCCCACAGGCAGGGCCAUUGGGGACAGGGGCCCAGAGGGCCCAGCCGGCCAGCCCGGGGAACCCGGAAAACCAGGGAUCCCAGGAUUGCCAGGUCGGUCUGGAGAGCUCGGAGAAGUCGGUCGCCCAGGAGAGAGGGGAGAGCGAGGAGAGAAGGGGGAGCGAGGAGAGCAGGGCAGAGAUGGGGCACAGGGUCCCCCUGGCCCCCCAGGUCCCAAGGCAGAGAUACCAGACGGGAUUUUACCUGGCUUUCCUGGUGAGAGGGGCCCCACUGGACUCAAGGGAGCCAAGGGUGAAGCAGGCAGCGACGGUGAUCGAGGUCCCAAAGGAGAUAAGGGAGAGCCAGGAGCCAAGGGUGACCGUGGAGAGGCCGGGGAAAAGGGCAGGGAUGGCAGUCUGGGACCUACAGGAGAGAGAGGCCUAGCAGGACCAGAAGGAAAGCCGGGCUUGCCCGGUUUUCCUGGAGUGCUUGGACGACCGGGCAACCAAGGUGAUCCAGGACCUGCAGGUUCUCCUGGUCUUGCUGGCCCACCAGGAGUGCAGGGUCCCUCCGGGAUAAAGGGAGAGCAAGGAGAGCCAGGUCCAAGUGGGCGGGGUUUACCUGGUCCUCCAGGCAGUGUGGGCCUCCCAGGCCCACCAGGACCAUCUGGUCUUGUGGGACCGCAGGGAGCCCCAGGCUUGCCCGGGCAAGUGGGUGAAACCGGAAAGCCCGGUGUACCCGGGAGGGAUGGUGUUACAGGAAAAGAUGGAGAAGCUGGCCCACCUGGAAUAAUGGGGACACCCGGUCCAGCUGGCCCUGUUGGGCCCAAGGGGGAACCUGGUGCUGUGGGACCUCCAGGACAGGCUGUGGUCGGUGUCCCUGGGAUCAAAGGAGAGAAGGGCGCUCCUGGAGGCUUCAUUGGGGACUUGGUUGGGGAACCUGGUGCCAAAGGUGACAGAGGAUUGCCAGGGCCUCGGGGUGAGAAGGGUGAGGCCGGACGAGCUGGAGAACCUGGAGAUCCUGGGGAAGAUGGACGUAAAGGGGCAUCUGGAAUCAAAGGAGAUAAAGGCUCUACGGGAAUUGGGUUGCCAGGCUCCAUAGGACCAAACGGCCCUCCUGGGAUGAAGGGAGAACUUGGGCUACCUGGCCCACCAGGUCUUCCUGGCCUUCCAGGCCCUGUGGGCACUCCAGGGCACCCUGGCACCCGAGGAGAGAAUGGGCAGCCAGGUCCACCAGGCCCCAGUGGAGAGCGGGGUUUGAUUGGAAAUCCUGGACGUGAGGGGAGCUUAGGCCCUCCAGGACCUCCUGGGCCUCCUGGAUCAAUGGGAAUCUCUGGAUUAAAAGGAGACAAGGGCGACUCUGGAGUCGGGCAGCCAGGAGCCAGAGGAGAACGAGGUGACCCAGGACCACGGGGUGAAGAUGGCCGCCCCGGUCUAGAGGGUGAUCGAGGCCCCGCGGGUCCUCCGGGGAACCGAGGGGAGCGAGGAGACAAGGGUGACAUAGGAGCCAUAGGCCUAAAGGGAGACAAGGGUGAUACAGUCCUGGUGGAUGGUCCAGUCGGGGCCCGAGGCAGCAAGGGAGAGCCGGGUGACCGUGGCCUAAAGGGCUCAGAUGGUGGCAAGGGAGACAAAGGAGAUGUCGGGCUUCCUGGGGAGAAGGGAGUGAAAGGUGAGCUGGGAGACAAAGGCUCUGGAGGCUUCCCAGGAGCACGCGGCCCCAUGGGCCAGAAGGGUGAAGCUGGCGAGUUGGGAAAUCCCGGGGAACCGGGCAUGCCAGGGAAGGAUGGAGUGCCGGGGGUCCGAGGAGACAAGGGAGAAAUGGGCUUCCUGGGACUCCGAGGCCCCAAGGGGGAACGAGGGACCAAAGGUGCCUGCGGACAAGAUGGAGAAAAGGGGAACAAGGGGGACACAGGCCUGCAUGGUCGGCCGGGGCUGCCAGGACGCAAAGGCGAGCCGGGAGAGUUGGGUGCCCCUGGAACAUCGGGCCUCCCGGGAAAGGAAGGCCUCAUCGGUCCCAAGGGAGACAGGGGAUUUGACGGGCAGCAGGGAGCCAAGGGCGACCAUGGGGAGAAGGGAGAACGGGGUCUGCCAGGCGUCGGUGGCUUCCCGGGACCCAGAGGCAACGAUGGAACUGUUGGGUCCCCGGGGCCCCCGGGUAUUGUUGGCCCUAAGGGCCCCGAGGGCAUUCAGGGACAGAAGGGAGAGAGGGGUCCUCCAGGAGAGGCAGUGGUUGGUGUUCGUGGUGCCCCCGGAAUCCCAGGAGAGAGAGGAGAGCAGGGGAAUCCGGGGCCCGGUGGCUCUCGUGGGGAGAAAGGGGAGCCUGGCAUGACUGAGGACGAUAUCCGAGGAUUUGUCCGGCAGGAGAUGAGUCAGCACUGUGCCUGCGGGGGUCAGUUUGCUUCAUCUGGAUCACGACCUCUCCCAAACUACCCGGCCACCCACACAUUCCCUCCGUCUGAGCCCCACCUUGUGCCCGUGCUGAAAGUCUCCCACACUGAAGAGGAUGAAGGGCAGGAGCUGCAAGCUAUGGAGCACGUUCCCGAGUACGAGCACGCGUACUCGGUGGAGGACUACGAGGAGGACAUGGAGGCUGAUGGUGCUGAGGGUCCUUGGCUCACUAAUGACCCCUGCUCCCUUCCUCUGGAUGAGGGCUCCUGUGCUAGCUACAAGCUGAGAUGGCACUACAAUCCCCGGACAUCAGAAUGCCGGCCCUUCAUCUACUAUGGUUGUGGGGGCAAUGCUAACCGCUUUGGUACCAAGGAGACUUGUGAGAAGCGGUGCUCACGCCUACCAGGAGCAUCAGGUGCCCUUGUGGCUCCCAUGGGGAGCUAAGCCAACAGGACGGAUGGGACCAGCUGUUAGUCCAAGGCCCUAUUUCCGGUCAAGGUUUUUUCCCGCAGGAAAUCAACUGAGGGACUGGGGGAGUGAGACCCAGGCCCUUCUAGCCUCACCAGAAGGAGCAGCCAAGAAGUCUCAGCAGUUUCUGCUCCCAUACUCUUCAGCCCCCUCCUGCCAUAUAAGCCAGGUUGGCUGGAGUGGGGACAUGGUGCUAUUUUUUUUGAGUGUCUUUGUUACGGUUUUGUGCUGUUUUGGUGUUUUGUUUUUGUUGUGUUUUUUUUUUCAAUUAAGGUGAAAUGUUUAUCCAAUGAAAGAUCCUUAUGGCCGUUGAGGAUCCCGUGGUCCCAUUUAUCAGCUGGAGCCAGGCUACCUUCCCAACCCAGUUCCCAGAAUUGGAGGCUCGGGGCCCGUGCCCACAUUAGGUUCACUCAGGGAGGCCCCAGGCCUGAACCAGUGACUGUGAUUUCAUUCUACCAUCUGACUGCCAACCCCCUCUCACAGCGAGGGUGGCCUUGGGGCAACUGAGGCUCUCGCACUGGGCAGAGAAUCCUCCCUCCCUGGUGCUGGGUCCCACAGUUCUUACAAUUUGAUGUUCUGGCCUUUGGGGAGGAAAGGAGGGUGAGCUAUCCUUUGGGAAGUAGGUGGGGGGUGGGGAUGCUAUCUAGGCCUCCCCUGUAGCCUUAUUUCUCCCAUGUGCACAUCAGGAUCCCUAUUUUCAAUUCCACCUUCUUAGCCAUCCACUUCUUCCCCCUUCACCUUCCCUCAUUUCCUGUCAGCUUCCAGGUUUCAGAUGUGCCUGUACCCUAAGCACCAGCAGGACUCCUGCAGGCCCAAGCCCCAGCCUGACCCCAUGUCUUUCAUUUAAAGAAGUUUCACCUUAACCCCAGCCCAGGGAAGGAGCCCCAGGGAGCAGUGGUACUAACUAGCAGAGCCCUGAGUCCCAGCCCGUCUAUCCCAGGGCAGCCAUCUGUCUACACAGGCUUUGUUCGUACUAUAAUCGUCACCUGAUGGCUCUGCCUUGCAGGGCGGGACCACUUAGGGCCCCAAAACUUGUAGCACUCUCACCCCAGAUGUGUCUCCUCCCUCCUCUUCCUCCCUGGGAGUUCUUCUCUGCUCUUGGGCCUGGGUUCAGCCCCAUGGGAAUGGCAAGCUGGGCUGCAACAGGGAAAGAGCAGCUGCUUCUUCAGGCAGGGAUCUUUGUGGGGUUUGGGGAGCACAGAUCAUUAAAGCUGCUGUCCUCAAAA